AUGGACAAAGAUUGCGACAUGGUAUAUAAGAACAUCUCUGACAUAUAUAAAUCUGGGGAGUUUAAGACAUACGACAACUUUGUUUCAUUAGUUGCAAAAUGUGUAUGGCAGAUAAGAGAUAAAGAUAGAAGAGGUAAGGUAUGGAAUGAACAGAUAAAACCAGCAGCUUUUGAGUUAAAGAAAACCAUUGACGCCUUAGUUGUUCUAGCUGGUUUUAUUUCAAUGUAUAACGCAAAAACGAUGCCGCAAUGUUCAAAAUGUAAAGCAGCAAUAAGAAAAUAUAACUACUCAGUCAAAGAGAUAGAAAGAAUGCGAAACGACUAUGCAGACUUAAAGAAAGAAGCAGAAAAACCAGCAGAAAAUAAAAUGAACAUGUUAGAAUUUCUGAACAAAAACUAUCCAACAGCAGAAGAUUUCCUUCUAUCUGACGUCAAGAAGAAGUAUAAAGAAACCUUCGGCAUUGUUAAAACAUUCGAUAUAUUAACUGAAGAAAUAGAAGCUACAAAACUGUUUAGAGUCUCACGAAUUCAUAACGUUUACCAUGUAAAACGGUUAUAA